ACCAGUUCACACACUACCUCCGUCUUCUCCGCCAGCCCCUCCGACCGUUGAAUACUCCAUCAUGAUCCCCGCCGCCGUUUUCGUCCUCUGUCUCAGUUUGGCAGCGGCAGUGCCACAUAGAUUUGCCAGGCAGGCCGACUGUCCAAAUGCCUUCCAGAACGUUCCAAAUCCCUGCAAGUCCAACCCAGACCAGUCUAUCUACUUCCCUCACCCGACUGACAACACCAAAUUUAUCCAAUGUGACCUGUUCGGGCGGAUGUUCAUCGUGCAGUGUCCAGCAGGAGAAACCUACGUAUCUACCAGCACCUCCUGUAUCGACCUUUCCAAACCUUUGACACCUGCCCCUGCAACGUCUGCACCGGUCGUGGUUGAUCCCGUCACUUCUGGCCCUGUCGCAGUAGACUCGAACCCCUGCACCCAGACCAACAUCCAAGCAGGCAACAUCUAUUUCUCCGUUGCCAACGACAUCACAAAAUUCAUUGAGUGCGAUUUACUUGGUCACCCUACCAUCCUCGCCUGCCCAGAUAGCCUUGUCUGGCAAGAGUCUCGCCUGUCAUGUGUUUUCCAGAUUGGAACCGUUCUCCCCGCAAAUGGUAACACUGGAACCGGAAGUGGAAAUACUGGAUCCGGAAGUGGUAACACCGGAACUGGAACCGGAACCGGAACCGGAUCUACAGAUGCCAUGAAGAACCCAUGCACAGCGGAGUCACUUUCUGCUGGACAACUUUUCUUCUCUUACGCCCCAGAUUCCAACAAGUUCCUGCAGUGUGAUCUGUGGGGAGAUGUGUACGUCAACACCUGCCCAACCGGUCUCAAAUGGAACGACUCGGCCAAGACAUGCGCUUCCGGUUUCAUCAACAUGGUACCAAGUGGCAAUUAGACUAUGAUCUCGUUUGUCGAAUUUGAUCAGAUUCGCCUUUUGAUUAUUACGUCGGAGAAUAGUCGUAAGUUCGUGGCCAGUUUUCACGAAGUUUGGUGUCAUACUCUGGGUAGAGAACGGCCGAGGUCUGAACAAAGACAUAACUAGAAUGUCUCACGUACUUUUUUAUAACUUCAUUUUCAUUUCAUUUAUUUCUCUACAUAAGGUGACUAUACCAAAGUAACCAUAGAAUCUGAUUGUCAUGGUGAUAUUUUAUUGCAUUAAUACGGUAGUUGACAGUGUGCACGUGCAAAUGUGAUGCGCGUGCAGCUUUAUAUAAGGUUUAUAUUAAAACAAUUGAACACAU